CAAGUACACAUCACGACGGUUCGAACAUUGCUACUAGCCGACCAGUGCCACCACGAGCAUGUCCACCCGCGAAAACAACAAGCAGCUUGAGACCGACAUGGACGAGCAUGGCGACAUGAAGAGCGAUGUGCUGACCCAGGCGGCGGUGGCCAUGGAACAGUUCACAGAAGAAAAGGAGAUCUCCAAGCACCUCAAGACAUGGCUCGAGGAGAAAUACGGCCCCACGUGGCACUGCAUCGUCGGCUCCGAGUACAAGACGUCGUUCACGUACGAGAGCAAGAACUUUAUCAAGUUCAACGUCGGCAAAAAGUGCAUCACGUUGUUUCGCCACAGUUAAUACACGAUUCGAAUGUUUAUGCUUUCUUGGGUUUGUGUGGCUUCUUGACCACCACGGGCGGCGUCGCGAUGGCGUCCACGGGUUGCUUCGGUGCCAACGUUUCCUGGACCCGGACAACCCCGCGCUCAGAGCGCACGACGACCGGUCCGUC